GCCCACUUUAGCAAGUGCAGUCUGUAUCGGUAGCAGGGUCCGCCCCCUGUCUCUGCAGAUAAAGGUUCGCAGUCUGCUAUCCCAGGCAUGGAUGACGGUUGUAGUGAGACAUGGCAGUGCGACAUUACACUCUCGACUUCAACGUCUCUACAGCAGUUGACCCUACCUCGACGGUGUCUGGUCUGCUGUCUAUAUUUCAUGAACAGGAACUGACAGAGACUAUUCAUGAUACAGCCGGGCAUGGUUACCUUGCUACCUUUGUGGGCAAGAAUGGCAGGUUUGUUGUCCUGCGCGUGCACUCCCACGGGCUGGUCACAGUUGAUUUGCAGUGUUACGAAGAAGAUGACAUUGCACAGCUAGACAAUCUUUUGAAUGCACUGGAAAAUAAGCUAAAAGUUCUCUUAAACGGCAAUAUUACAAGGAUUAAAAAGCUUCCAGCCCUUUUGCGAGGAGCAAAAGUUGACCGCUACUGGCCCACAGCCGAUGGCAGACUAAUUGAGUAUGACAUUGACAAGGUGGUGUACGAAGAGGAUUCUGAAUACCAAAACAUAAAGAUUUUGCACUCACAGCAGUAUGGGAAUAUUCUAGUUCUGGAUGGAGACGUUAACCUUGCAGAAAGUGACUCUGCCUACACCCGGGCCAUCACAGGCAGUGGAAAAGAGAACUAUGCUGGAAAAGAAGUGCUAAUUUUAGGAGGAGGUGAUGGAGGAAUUCUUGCUGAGUUGGUCAAACAAAAGCCAAAGAUGAUCACCAUGGUGGAGAUUGACCAGAAGGUGAUAGAUGGGUGCAAAAAAUACAUGAGGAAGACUUGUGGUGAUAUCCUGGACAACCUGAAGGGAGACUGUUACCAAAUAUUAAUUCAGGACUGCGUUCCCUUGCUGAAGAAGUAUGUCCAAGAAGGAAGGACAUUUGAUUAUGUUAUUAAUGACCUCACUGCAAUCCCAAUAUCCACCUCGCCAGAAGAAGACUCUACAUGGGAGUUCCUGCGUCUCAUCUUAGAUCUAUCUAUACAAGUGCUGCAUCCCAGUGGGAAGUAUUUCACACAGGGCAACAGCGCAAAUCUGACCGAGGCACUGAAUCUGUUUGAGGAACGGCUGGGAAGGCUCUCGUGUCCAGUGGACUUCCGCAAAGAGGUGGUGUGUGUUCCAUCCUACCUGGAGCAAUGGGUUUUUUACACCGCUUGGAAAAAGUAAACAAGUUAUCUCCUGAGAUUCUCAGCAGCUGGAACGUGAAGGCUCCUAAUUUCUCCUGUACCCCUCAGUUGUAUGCAAAUUGAAUGCAGCCUGAAAAUUGGAGGCCACACAAAAUUCAGUUUAGUUUUAAAUGUUUUAAAAUGUCUGAAUUGUUCACCUGCCUCUGUGUACAUUAUUGGUGAGCUGCAGCUGACUGUUUAACACGAGUAAUUUAAUUUGCCGUUUUCAGUUAACAAACACUGACUGCAAAACACUCCAGCUUAAACCAGUCAUGUUGGUGUGGAUAAGUUAUGAGAAUAUAUAUGUACAGGUUUCUUUUUCUUUUUUUUUUUUCUUUUUUUUUUUCUAUAGGUAACUGAGUUCAGAGUUCACCUCGAGGCAUAAUUGGAGUUUUAUCAUCCCCAUUCUUUUAAUUUUACAACUUGUCAGUUGUAUUGUCUGUUACUUGAGUUUUUUUUGAAUGUCCACUUGCAUGUGCUCUGAAGGAACUGUUGGAACACUGAUUUUUAUACACUGAUAAUGUGGAUUAACUCAUUUUCCCAUAGGUAUGUACUCAUUUUCUGUAAUCUUGAGUUACGAAGUUGAAUGAACGUGCCUCUGCAUGAGCCAGUGCACAGGUGCAGCAUACCCAAAGUGUCACUUUUAUGCUUCAUUUUUGUUGCUGCCUUUAAAAUGUGAUUUCUUUCAGGUUGUAUUAAGGUGGUCAUGCCCAGUGGGACUGAGGGGCUUAAAUCAAAGUGUUUUAAAAGGGAAACGAUUCCUCCAAAUUUACUGCCACCUCUGCUUGUGCUGUUUUGUCAUGUUUUAUCGGCACCUUUUUGUUUUUUCCUGAUAUAAAGUUUUUGUUAAGACUGUAUUAGGUGCACGUAAAGGACGGUGAAUGUAGCUUGCAUAUACAGUACAAUGCACAUUUGAUCUACCCUGUGGGACAUUUAUUUAUUCGUUAUUUCACCAAAUGCUGUCCUUUCCUGCUUGAGAUGAUUUUGACCAUCAUCGAUUAAACUGUUUUUUGGGGGGAAACGUA